AUGAAUCAUUUAUCUGCAAAUUGCUCAACAUUAAAUAUUAUUGGUGAGAUACCUUUAGAAAUAAAUGUUAAUGGAAUAACAACAACAAUUAUUGCUGAUGUUACAACCAAUCUGGUUACGAAUUUAAUAUUAGGUAGUGAUUGGAUUCAAUCAAACAAUGUUUAUAUUCUUACACCUGAACAACGAAUUAUGAUCCGAAGUCGAGGUAAAGAAGUAUCAACUCCUUUUGUAAAACCACCUCUUUUCAAUUAUCCGGUUACUCUUAUUAAUCAUAUUACUCUUCCUCCUUUUUCAGAAAAAAUAGUAGAAGCACAAGUUCAACAUAACAAUAUGAUAGAUGUAUUAUUUGAACCAAAUCCUCGAUUAAAAAAUAAAGCAUUAUUUACUGCAACUGCAUUACUGAACAUUGAAAAUAGACGAAUAAAAAUUAGUAUAAUUAAUGCAACGAAUCGACAACAAACACUUUCCGAAGGAACCAAAUUAGGUAUAGUGACACAAUUAUCUUCUACAAUUGGUGUUACUAUACCAUCAAAUUAUUUGAUAGAACGCAUUCUGGAAGGAAAAGCGUGUAAAGAGCUCAUUCCUGAGGGGAAAGGAGCGAACAAAUCAAAUAAAUUAAAUUGUAACAACAUACCAACUAUAGCAUCACACGGAAAACAACGUCAAUGUCGUAAAUGUUAUCAACAUUUUGAUACUAGCAAUGAAUUAUUCAAGCAUCUUAGAAAUCAAUGUUAUCCUGACGAAAUAAGACAGCAAAUAAAUAAAUUAACUGAACAUAUUAGCGAUGAUAAACAACGAGAACAAAUUUUAAAAAUUUUAUGGAAAUAUGGAAAAUUAUUUGACAUUAGUGAACCAUCAAAAAUUGAUAUAAUUUUAAAAAAUGCUAUUGAUACUGAUGCUUUUCCAUUACCAAGAAUUGAUGAUAUUUAUGACCAAUUAACAAAAGCAGCAUAUUUUACAAAAUUCGAUUUUAAAGCUGGAUAUUUUCAAGUACCAUUAGACAAAUUAGAUCGACCAAAAACAGCAUUUUCAACUCGAGAUGGACAUUUUCAAUUUAAAGUAUUACCACAAGGUCUUACUAAUGGACCACCAACAUUUCAACGAAUUGUUAAUCAAAUAUUAGGUCCAAAUAGGUGGAAACAUGUACUCGCUUAUAUCGAUGAUAUUAUUAUUUACUCGCAAAAUUUUAAUGAACAUUUAAAACAUAUUGAAGAAGUAUGUUCAUUAUUACAUGAAGCAAAUUUUAAGUUAAAUGUUGAUAAAUGUGAAAUUGCAAGAACAGAAAUACUAUUUCUUGGACAUUUAAUUAAAGCUGGUACUAUUAAACCUGAUCCAGACAACAUCCGUGGUUUAACUGAUACACGUGAACCGACAUCACCUGAAGAAGCAUUUCGAUUCGUCAAAGCAGCAGAAUAUUACCGAAAAUUUAUUCCAAAAUUUUCCACCAUCGCUGCACCAUUACACAAAUAUUCUCCAGCAACAGUACAACAACAAAAGAACAAUAAAAAAUUAAAAUUUGAAUUAUCUGCUGAAGCUAGAACAGCAUUCCACCAACUCAAGAAAAUACUAACAACUGAUCUUAUUCUUGAUUUACCUGAUGAUACAUUAACAUUUAAAUUACAAACUGAUGCUUCUGUAGAUGGAAUUGGUGCUGUUCUAUUACAAAUUACUUCCAAUGGUGAUCGACCAUUAGCAUAUAUGUCAAAGAAAUUAACACAAGCACAAAUUAAGUGGCCAACAAUUGAACAAGAAUGUUAUGCAAUAGUACAAGCAAUAGAAAAAUGGGAUAAAUAUCUUCGUGGACAUGAAUUUAUAUUAGAAACUGAUCAUGAACCAUUAAUUCAUUUUACAAACAAAGAACAAUUAAAUAAAAGAUGUGAACGAUGGCGAUUAAAAUUAGCUGAAUAUCGAUUUAAGGUGAAACAUAUUCAAGGUAAGAAAAAUUAUAUGGCAGAUUAUCUUUCAAGAUCACCAGUCGACAUAGCUGAAGAAGAUAUUGAAGAACGAACUCAGUAUGAAUCAACAUCAACACAAACAGAUUUAUCAUUUUCAUCAUUAAAUGAUAAUUUGAUUCCAUUAAAAAUGACAACAGCAAUUACUAGAGCUCAAGCCAAAUUACAACAACAAGCAAUGGCAACACCAUCUAUUAAACUGACAGAUGGAAAAAUUAAUGAGCUCAUCCCACAAGGGAAAGUAGCGACUGAUGAAGAACGAAUAAUCAAACCAACAGAUGAAAAUCCAAAUAAGAUCAUCCCAUUUGAUAUGGAUGACUUAAGAAAAUGUCAAGAAGAAGACAAAACAAUUCACGAAAUAAAAAAGAAUAGUAAGAAUAAAAAACAAUAUUUUAUUAAAGAUGGAAUAUUAUUUAGAAAACAACAACUACCACUUCCACCAGUGCCAUACGUUCCAGUAGGACGAAUACGUGCUGAUAUAUUAAAAAUUUAUCAUGAUACACCUGCUAAUGGAGCUCAUUUUGGCCGUGACAAAACAAUAAGGAAAAUUCAAGGACGUUAUUAUUGGCCAACAAUGAUAGCAGAUAUUAAAAAUCAUUUAAAUUCAUGUUUACCAUGUGCACAAAAUAAUUAUCGCCGUCAAAAAUUACCAGGAAAAUUAAAACCAAUACCACCACCCGAAGGAAUAUGGAAAUUAUUAAGUAUGGAUUUUCAUGGUCCAAUUACUCCAACAUCAAAAAAAGGAAACAGAUAUAUUAUAUCUCUUACAGACGUUUUAUCAAAAUUUGUUAUUGCAAAAGCUGUUCGAGAUUGUUCAGCAGCAACAGCAGCAAAAUUUCUUAUAAACGAUGUUAUAUUAAAAUAUGGCACUCCAACAUGUAUAUUAACCGAUAAUGGUACUCAUUUUACUUCUCAAGUUAUGAACAAAUUAUUUGAAAAUAUUGGAGUCACUCAUCUUUAUUCCACAGUAUAUCAUCCACAAACUAAUGGACAAAUUGAACGAUUUAAUGCUACGAUGGAUGGAAAAAUUGCCGCCUUAUGUAAUGAACGACGCACGGAUUGGGAUGAAGUAUUACAAUUUGUUACAUUUAAUUAUAAUACAUCAAUACAUGCAACAACAAAACAAACACCAUUCGAAAUGAUGCAUGGAAGACAAGUUACACUUCCAUUUGAUCAACAAAAAGAAAUUAUUUCGCUCACACAAGAUCCAGAGCAUAGUCAAAAAAUUAGAAUAUAUCUCGAAAAAUUAGUAAAUGAAGCUCGAAACAAUAUUAUAAAAAAUCAACAACAAUAUAAAGCUCGAUAUGAUUUACAUAGACAAGAUUUAUCAUUAAAACUCAAUGAUCUAGUUUUGGUAAAAACAAGAAACAUUAGAAAUAAAUUUGAUAUACGAUAUGAAGGUCCAUUUAAAAUUAUAAAACAAUUAGGAAUUAAAACAUUUAUUGUCCAACAUGUUAAAAAAUUAACGUUAACAAAACAAGUGACAAUGGAUGUUAUCGUUCCAUUGGUGGAACGAUGGAAUUUAAUCCAAUAA